AUAGACAAGUACUUAAAGCUAAACCUUAUCAUUAUUUGCUUUAAAACACCCCAACAAAAAAAAAAGGGAGAAAGAAUGAAGCAAGAAUGGCAAAAUGUUGAUAAUGAUUGAAGCGGAUUGAUGGGUACAUGGACACUCCUUGCACUUUUUCCUCUGUGUUGUAUGUUAAAAAAUAUUCCGUAAUGAAAGGUUAAGGUGGGUGGCACUGAACUCUGCGGAACUAUGAGGCAUCGGCGCUGUGUUUCCACCCGACCUGCAAAUAUCGGCUUCAACAGCUAAUCAGAGCUCUUGAGCUCAUUGGUGAAAUAUUACCUCGGGAAGUGCGUCUCUCUUUUCCGGCACAGAACGACGUCGUAAAAGCCACAGUGCGCAGGCGUCAUUGCUCCCUUUUCCGGGUCCGGUUCGCCUGCGCAGUAAGCCCGCUGAGUGGGUUGUGGCGGUCCGCUCGGCCGUUAGUUACGAGGCUGCGCACUCUACGGGCGAGACUGUCCCGCGCGCCGCCGGGGAAUUACAGCGAAGCCGGCGCGAGUGUGCCGCGGUUCGCCGGACCCACGGUCUGUGAACAGCCGCGAUGUCUAUCUUCACCCCCACCAACCAGAUCCGCCUAACAAAUGUGGCUGUGGUACGCAUGAAGCGCGCGGGGAAGCGUUUCGAAAUCGCCUGCUACAAAAACAAAGUCGUCGGCUGGCGGAGCGGCGUGGAAAAAGACCUUGAUGAAGUUCUGCAGACCCACUCAGUGUUUGUAAAUGUUUCUAAAGGUCAGGUUGCAAAGAAGGAAGAUCUCAUCAGUGCGUUUGGAACAGAUGACCAGACUGAAAUCUGUAAGCAGAUUUUGACUAAAGGGGAGGUUCAGGUAUCAGAUAAAGAACGGCAUACGCAGCUGGAGCAGAUGUUUAGGGACAUUGCAACUAUUGUAGCUGACAAAUGUGUGAACCCUGAAACAAAGAGACCAUACACUGUUAUCCUUAUCGAGAGAGCAAUGAAGGACAUCCACUACUCAGUCAACACCAACAAGAGUACAAAACAGCAGGCCUUGGAAGUGAUAAAGCAGUUAAAGGAGAAAAUGAAGAUAGAACGUGCUCACAUGAGAGUUCGGUUUAUUCUUCCAGUGCAUGAAGGAAAAAAGCUGAAAGAAAAGCUGAAGCCACUGAUCAAGGUUAUAGAAAGUGAGGACUACAAUCAACAAUUAGAAAUCGUAUGUCUAAUUGACCCAGGCUGCUUCAGAGAAAUUGAUGAACUAAUACAAAAGGAGACAAAAGGCAAAGGUUCUUUGGAAGUGCUCAAUCUGAAAGAUGUGGAAGAAGGAGAUGAGAAAUUUGAAUGAUGUCCAUCAGUCUCUUCAGCUUUGAAACACUAAAACAUUUUUAUUUCCCACAGUCCUGUUUUCUUUCUGUGAUUGCCAAAUACUUGCUCAGACUAGUUUAUGUUUUCCAUCUUUGGUUAAACAAAAAAGACCUUGUUAAAUAAGUAUUAUAAUGUGUGGUUAAUUUAGUUUUAUUUGUAAAUUUAGGUGUUAGGUAAAAAUGAAAAAUUCAAGAUACAAAAGUCCAGAGUAGCAUUUUACUGUGUUGUGCCUUUGUAGCUUUCCAAGGUGAAAGUUAUUUGAGGCAGCUCUUGUGGAUAAAAAGUUAAAUUUUGUACAUUAUAAGAUUAAUUUGGGGAGGAUAUAUCUGUAUAACAAAAAGGGAGUAUUUGCUGAAAAAGAAAACUCUUAUUUCUACUUAAUGAAACGCAUGUAUAGGAGUAACUAUAUCGUGGCCUAAUAUAAAGCUUGGGUAAUGGCUUCCUGAUUAUCUGAAAAAUAUAUAUGACUGUGCAAGACUUAAAUAAUUUUCAUUAAACAUGCUGCCAUAACCUAGAUUAUUCCCAGUUUAAAAAAGUCAUUUAUUUCUAAUUCUAAAGUUUAUAAUAUAUGUUAAUAUAGCUGAAAUUAUGAAGUCAAUAAAACCACUCUUUAUUAUAGUUA